GCGCAGGCAGGGAGGGAGCCCAUGCUGGGGCAGGGCCCGGGCACGCCGGCCGUGGCAGCAGGACCGACGGUGUCUCACGGGUGACGGGCUCCCGGGGGGCUGGAACUGGGACCAGUGCUUUGGGCCCGGGCACGCCGAGAGCAGGCAGGUCCUGGAGGGAAAACACCCUCUGCCCCCUCGUGUCGGGUAAAGGGCUGACCCACCGGUGGCUGUGGCUCCCAUGCCACUGCGUGCAGCCCGAGGGGGUCUGCCUGGGAACUGCCCACCCUCCUCCACCCACCGCGGCUUACCUCCUCACAGCUCCAGCGAGGCUAACGAACGCCUCCGGUGCUCGAUCACGACCGUCUGCGCUGAUGAGUAGCUUAAGAGACGUUUCUGGAGGACUGAAGGAUUGGUCACAAAACCGAAUCCUUCUAGUGUAGACGUGUUUCCUGGCCCUGAGUACCAAUUCCCAAGAUCUGGAGUACAUCUUUUGAUCACUGCUGAGAAAAAUGGCAGCUGGAGCUGUCUCAGUUCCUCAGGUCAUACCACUUCGAAUCCCUCUUCCAGGGAAGGCUAAACAUGAAAUAGACACAAAUACUCUCGUAGAAAUAAAAUCAGAUACACCUGAGGUCUCUAUUUAUUACACUUUAGAUGGAAGUAAACCAGAACUCAUUAGGAAACCUGGCUAUGGAGAGCAUAACACUUUUAAGUAUAAGGGUCCUAUCAUAUUACCAGUCGGGAAAAUAAUGGUCAAGGCACUGGCAGUUACAAAGGACUGCAGGGAGAGUACAGUUGUAACAAAGGUGUUUCUGGUAGAGCACAGGCAACCAAACAUUCUUCCCUCUGUUGAAGAUGACGACAAUAAUUUCCUAAAAGAUAUCGCUACACAGGAGAUGGAAGGUGGAAUGUUUACUACAAAACCAAGGAAAAGUAGAGUGAAUGUGGAAAUCAAGCCUGCCUGGAGUGAAGCACCUCAAGAUUUUCAAGACUGGGAAACAGAAGGAAAGACUACUCACAGAUCCCUGCAAGGACCACAGCUCCUCACUAGUCAUUUGGAAACAACAGAGUACGGAGAGGAAUCCCUCUCAGCACUACCAACACAGUCACUACAGUUUUCUAGUUCUGUAGUGACUAGCCGGAAAAGCCUAGCAAGCACACAAGUGGCAAGGAUCCGGAAGGAAACAGAUUUCCUCAAGUGUGCACACUGUUCUGCACCUCGCCUGUCUGACCCUUUGGCUCACUUCUGUCAGGAAUGUGGAUCUCCUAUCCCACCUGUGCCAGUUUGUCGCUUCCCACCCCCUGAAGGAGCGAAGAUGGCACCGUGUCCUGAAUGCAGACAUCUUGUGCCAAUGAAUACACCUACUUGCAUUGUAUGUGAGUCACCAAUAGCUCCACAGCUGCAGCCCCAAAUGAACAUCUGCAUAAAGGGCAAAGUAAUUUGUCAGGUGUGUGGCACAGGAAAUCCUCUUCACCAUAAACAUUGUGUGACUUGUGAAAGCCAACUGCCUGAAAUGCAAACGCCCAUGUUUGGAGGAGACACUCCCCCACCUUACCACAGCCAGCAAAGGAAGACAGUUUUGUGCUCAAAAUGCAAUCGUGUUAACCAGCGUGAUGCCCGUUUCUGUGACUGGUGUGGAGCCAAGCCUGGACCUCCUCCAUCUUACUUUACUUGUUUCAAGUGUGGUACAAGCAACCACCCAUAUGCUCGUUUUUGUGGGUGCUGUGGUAAUUACAUAGAGCCCCCCUCAAGGGUGCGUUCCUGGACUGGUAGUCCCAGGGAUACUGGGGACUCGCUGGGGUUUUCCGAGGCUAAACAAUUUCAAACUCAAGUUGCCUGGCAGCCUCUUCCUAUUUCCUUGCCUAAAUCAAGGGCAGAACUAAAAGAAAGAGAAGAUAAAGGAACCCAAACUAUUGGACUUUUUUACCCAUCUAGCAAACUGCUGGAAAAGAAAGAGCUUGAGCUGAUUUCACAAAAAGAAAAGCUGGAAAAGAGAAGUGAUCAUAAGCCUCUCCUGACAGCCAUUAGUCCUGGAAAAGGUUACUGGAGAAAACAGCUGGAUCAUGUCUGUGCUCACCUUAGAAGUUAUGCUCAGAACAACCUUGAAUUCAGAGCACUGAUUGGAGAACCUCAAAUGGGAAAGAUUAAUUCUGCUACCAUCCGUGAGGAUGACUAUGAAGUCACUAUUACAUUGAAUUACGCACUUGCUAUUAACAAGGAUAUUCAUACUAAUAAACCAGUGAAGUUCAGCAAUCAUUACCUGAAUACCGCAACAGAAGUCAGAGAUGGACAGGACGGCAGUCGGACUGGUUUCGGCAAAGAUGAUCAUAAUCUUUUCCAUUCGAAAGGCAAAAUAAAGAGAACAAAGUCAAGAACACUUACAGAAAAAGAAGAUAAGCUCUGCGUUGCUCUCAGAAGCAACAUCAGAUGGACGCAUUGUUAUCUUCCCUUGACCUUACUGCUUAGUUUGACUCCACAUGGCAUACCCUUGGCUGUGCUGGAACUACUGUUCACACAGACUCUGAACUAGACAAGACGAUGAUCUACGGAACAAGAUUUUAAGUCAACUCAGUUUUCCCAUCAAGCCGAGAUGUCAGCACAACUGAGUGCUAGCUGAACGCAAGAAGCAAGGCUUUACUUCCACUAGAGACCAAAUAUCUUAGAAGCACUGCCUACUAAAUGGAUCGUCAGUAACGGCAUGGAAAAUUUCAAAAGGGAAACAUACAUUAAUCUAAGCCUGAAUCAGUGAGCCAGCUGAACAGGUGGAAGAAGAUAAGAGAGCUUUGUGAUAGGAGUUCAGAGAUAAAAAUUCUUGGUCAAGUGAUCGGUCUUCCUAAAAGGGAGAGGAAGGAAGUAGAAUCUGGGAAGAAAUAAAAGGAAAAGGGUUUAGGUUUUGUUGUUUGGUUGUUGUGCUAAGAUUUAGUAAACUAACUUCUUUGAGGCAAUACAUAUUCAUUUUUUAAAUAAAAAUACUUCCACAAAUUCUGGAAACUUCAAAUUUUAAUCCUAUAGCAAAGAAGUUAUGCCUAUGUUUAAUUUUACUGUGGUGAGCAGAUUUUUCUACAGCCCUGGAGAGCUGCACUGAUGUAAAGCUAAUCAUUUGUAGAUGCAUUUGCUGAAUCAAGUUCUUAAUAGUGAGAUAUUAGCCUGGGUUAUCCAACACUUGCUCAGAUUUGGAAAGACAUUCACAACGAAGGGUCACAGAUUAGUAAUACUGAGGCUCAGCUAUACUGCAUUCAUGCCACCGUGUGCAUUUUCCACUUUUACUCAAAGGCAGAUUAUGGCCCACCUACCUGUGUUUUCACUAUGUGAAAUGAUACUGGGUGUUUUCUGUGUUUCCACAGUCAGAGUCCAAACAACUGCUGGAAGAACUGGGUCCAAAUGGGAAAGGAAGAAUCACCUUGGUAGAAUAAUUGCUCAGUGAAAUAAGUUAUUGCUUCCUGAAUUUUCCUUUUCUAACUCUUUGACCAUUUACUGCAUGAAUAUUAGCCUGGUAUGCAACUUCAACUUUAUGCUUAGGAGGCAACAUCCUUGCAGUACAACUGACUGUCUUCAGAUUGAAAGAGCAUUUUAGGGAAGAAACAACCUCUUUUACAUUUAUGUAUGUUCUCCCCGGUUUUCUAUUUGCCCAGUGUACAAGGCAUUCACCUCUGUGUUUGUCAAGGCCAUAUAGAAAUAUAUUAAUUUUAGAGUCAAACCCUCUUUCUGGCAAAAUCAAGCAUAACCUCUAGCUUCUUGCUGUGUAGUAAGGUGCAUCCUGACUCUAGGAUCUAAUUUGACUGCCCUCGUUAUACACAUUUACUCUGGAUUUGAGCCAGGAGAUGACAAACUCAGAAGAAACAAUACCACACAAUUUAAACAUUUCUCUGUCUUGAGCAUAAAGUCCAUUUGCCGACUUAAAUUGGCAUAAUAUUAAAGCGAGGUGGAAGCUGGAGAAUCUUUAUGGCUUUAACAGCUUACCUUCCCUCUCCUGUAUGUUCUAGGGAGCUGACCCAAACUGCACCAGCGACGAGGACCGACCUGCUCUCACCGUUGCUGUCCUUAACAAGCAUGUGGAAGCAACCUCCCUUCUUGUGCAGAAACAUGCUA